UAAAUACUUAUAAAUAACAGUGACAUUAAAGUGUUUAUAUUCCACUUUCGCAUAAUUACCGCCAAAAUUCUUAAACUGUUUUUUUAAAGGUAAUACGAGGGCAGCACAAUCUUAUAAAAUGUGACGUGCAUGAUAAUUUCUGACAGCAUUUGAAUUUCAUUUUUCGAGUUCUGCGUCUGUUUGGUCUAAGAAGGCGAUCAUAAAACAAAGUUACAAAUCUGUAACUAUUACUUUUGUUCCUAUUUCGUACGACAACGAAUUUAAACAUAUUGCCGUUAAUUUAACGCACAAUUUAUAUAGCGAAUAAUCUUCUAACGAUAAUGGGAAGCAGUGGCCAACUAUAUAGUCUCUCCUGGGGAGAAUUUAGUUCAUCAUUGGCUUCUGCAGUGCAAUUGUUAAGAGGGCAUGGAGAUUUGGUCGAUGUUACUUUGGCUGCUGGUGGACGCAGUUUUCCUGCACAUAAAAUAGUUCUUUGUGCAGCUAGUCCUUUCCUAUUGGACUUAUUAAAGAGUACACCAUGUCAGCACCCUGUGGUUAUGUUAGCUGGAAUAGGUGCAGAUGAUUUGGAAUCAUUAUUGGAAUUUGUAUAUCGUGGUGAAGUUAGUGUGGAACCAUCCCAAUUACCUUCGUUACUUCAAGCUGCUCAUUGCCUUUGUAUUCAUGGAUUAACACCACCUACUAUAUUAACUGAAAAUGGAGAAGAGGUACCUAUAUCAGCAAUACCAACAGCAAAUGAAGCUUUAUCCAAGGAAACACAUAAUCCAUAUUUUCCAUUGAAACGAAAGAAGAAAAGAAGAAAGUCAUCCUCUUCUUCAGGAAAAUGGCCACGUACCUCUAAUACUACUGAUAGUGAAAAUAGGCCUGUAGAUGGAAGUGAUAAUCGAUCAAGUGGAUAUGAUCAUAAAGAUGAAGACAAUACAGAACACGGUGACGAUACAGCAGCGAACGAUCGGUUGGAAUAUUCGAAUCAUCGGGGUUGUCAUUCGCCACGUGCUCAAGAAGCGCAGCCAGUGUCGUCCGAAAGUGUUCAAGCAGGACAGCAUCAGGAUCAAAUGUCGGAAAGUGAAACGCAUCUUCAUACAUUAAUGCCAAUGCAGCCAUAUUCUCCGCUACAAAUACCGCAAUUUCCUGGUCCUCUUAAUAUGGGCUUUCCUCCCGGUAUACCGCUCCCACUAGUUACCCAGGGUACGACAGCGGGAACGGCGUCCAGUGGAAUUACCGGGAAUAUGAGUUUGGCUAAAAUACGUGGUGCAUCAGAUUGUCCAGGCGUUUGUCCGCUCUGCGGUGCUACGUUGCGGCAAGCGAGAAAUCUACGGAGACACCUUUUAUCGUCUUGCAAAUAUCGGUUUAGUAAUAAUUCGAUUCAGAGUUCCCCGGUCGAUGCAAUGAUGAUAGAAAUAAAGCCUGAAGUCGAGUUGUCCAAUUACAGCGAACAGCCUGUUACGUAUGGAACUGAUAGUGGAAAUAGUACCUGUGAACAAAUUAUUUGUAAACCCAGCCCGCUUCCUUCGCCGACAUCGCACGGGUCGAAUGUUGUUUCGCCUCAAAACAACAUCCCGUCACCGACCAUCGCUAGAUGAAUGUACAGCAACAUACCGAAAGCAAAGACAGGCACAGGAUCGUUCGAUUCUGUUAUUGUGAUUCGAGAGAUACCUUGGUUUAUUUGCAGAUUUGUUUCAUCUUUGUAUAUCACGUUUUUAAUUUAAGAAUUCGCAAUUCCUCUCUUUUUUUUACUUACCGUUUUAAUGUACUUAUAUGAAUAUAUGUUUAAACUAUUGUUUGUAUUGUCUGCCAUCGACUGACAUUGUUUCAUAAAAUUUGUCAGAAUGAAUUGGUUGUUACAUGUCUGUAUAAUUUAUUUUGUUUCCAUUUUCUUAUCUGUUUUUUUACCGACUCAGAUAAAAAUGAUCCGAGGAAAAUUCUGAAGUUAAGUUAAAGUAUACAAAAAUCUUCCACGUUAGUAAGUAAGAGCAGUAUUUUAGGGUUAAUGGGUAUAGCAGUCGAUGAAUAAUUAGGCAUAGUAAUUAUUCAAAAAUUCGGAAUUUUCGAUAUCACACACCUACGCAAUAACUCUGUACCAUCAGUUUUAUAUAAACUUAACGAAUUACAAAUCUAUAUUUGUAGCUUAUUUUUCAUUUCUUCUGUGAAUAAAAUAUUGACUCGAUAUUUUAACAUUAUACAUGUACGUAUGUAAGUAGAAUUCGAAUUUCUGUCGAUUAUACGUUCCCUGGAAUAAUUCCAAUAAAAAAGAAGAAAUCAAAUGUUUCUCAUUUACGUUUAUCGAGAUACCCGUGUUGUGAUAAUUGGCGGAAAUUCAGGUUCCUAAUUUAUACGAUUGAUUCAUUUCUCUAGGAUUAAUCGUCUUCACUGGCAUGCAUUUACAUUUUAGACAAAAUCUUAAUUGCGUCGAUGAUAGUAUACCUAAUCAAUCAAGUUGAAAUCGAUAGGGUAGUAGACAUUUAUUUUAUUAUAGAACUUUAUACUCGUAUUAAUAAAAGAAGUUACUAUACAUUAUA